UUGUAUUUUCUUUAAAAAUUUUUUUUGUGAUAUAUCGAUUUUCUGUAAAAAAAUAAUAUUUUAUCAAAGUUAUUAUAAAACUAGUGUAUAAUUUUUAAAGAAAUUUUUCUAGCAUACUUCAAUGUCUUUAUUUCGAAAACCAAAAAAAACUAUUCAACGUCGUGUUUUUGCAACGUUAGGAGAUCAUGAGGAUUCUGACGAUGAAAGAGUAGAUGCUGAAGAAGAUUCAAUGACACAAACAAAAGUAAAUGAUAGCAAAAAAGAUAAAAUUAAAGAAAGACUUAAAACAAAAAAUAGGGAUUUGGAGCCUAAAACAAAAUCGUUGCUUAGUUUUGCUGAUGAUGCAGAAGAUGAUGGAGAAGUAUUUCAAGUGAAAAAAUCAGCUCAUAGUAAAAAAGUUAUGAGAAUGUUGGAUAAAGAACGGCGGAAGAAAAAAUGUAAAUCUGACAAUGUUAAUAUUUCCAAUAUUAAUGGAAAUAAUAAUUUUAAUGGUAUUGAAAAGAACGUUAGUGAUACAACACGGACUUCAUCUUUAUCGGCAUCUUCUAAAUCUAUUGAAUCCAAAUAUAAUACCAACUCCUCAGAUAAUGUUCAGACCGAAAUUCGAACAGACGACUUUGUGCUCGUUGUGAAAAAAUCUGAGCCCGAAAUAUUAAAUGGCAGAGCAGCAAUUUGUGCUGGAAGGGACGACAUUUCUUCAGAUGGUGAAGAAUCCACAAAUACGGAAUUGGCAUUACCCAAACACCGUUUCACAAAACCAAAUAACCUUAAAUCUUAUUUAGAAAGCGGAUCCAUUCCUGAUGCGGCUAUGAUUCAUGCAGCUAGAAAAGAAAGACAAAAAGCUAGAGAACAAGGCGACUAUAUUCCGUUAGAGGAAGCUAAGGAACCAUCAAAAAUAGGCAGCAGAUUGGCUCAUGAUGAAGCUGAAGAUGGUUCAGAUGAAGAGGAAAGAGUGGAUAUGAAUGCUAUAACUGGUGUGAAGGAACGCGAAGAAAGACGCGAAAAAUUCUAUUCUGUUCAAAAUGAUUAUUCUGAAGGAGACUCUGAUCACGAGUUGAAUGAAUGGGAAAAUCAACAGAUUCGAAAGGGGGUUACAGGAGCUCAACUUGUGUCAGCUGUAAAUCAAGAAAAUUUAUUAUUUCGGUUUUCUAUUAAAAGUGGCAGUAAUAUUGAAGAUGAUCAACCGCAAUCGACGGGAACUCUUUUAGAACAAGCUUAUGCAAACAAUAUGUUUGAAAAACCAAGACAACUAUUAAUAAAAACUCAAAAAAAUGAAAGUAAAGCAUCUGGGCCGAGGACUCCUAAGGAAAUAAAUGAUUGCUUUAAAAAUAGAUUAAAGGAAAUUAAAGAGUUGCACAUAAAGCAUAAUGGUGAAGUAGAUCAAAUAGUACUACAUUUAAGGGAAGCCAAAAUAGAAGCAAUUGAUUACGCACAAAAGGCACCAACUUCUGCUGCUAAAUACAGAUUUUAUCAAGAAUUACGGUGUUAUGUAUCAGACUUAAUCGAAUGUUUAGACGAAAAGCUUCCUGAAAUAAACGACAUUGAGAAAAGAAUUUUCAAUUUGUGGUCUAAACGUGCAACAUACUUGAUUGAAAGGCGAAGGCAAGAUGUUCGAGAUCAAGCGAAAGAAGUUGCUGAUGCCUCAAAAGGUAUUUCUCAAACAUUAAAAAAAGGACCAGAGGAAGAGGAAAGACAACGACGAGCUGCUGAGCGCGAAGGUAGGAGAACUAGAAGAAGAUGUGAAAGGGAGCGAAAUGAGGUUUCAUCAACACAUUUAGACGGAAUGUCGAGCGAUGAUGAAAUGCACGACCAAGAUAUAUCUCAAUACCACACCAAUUUAGAUCAACUUUCAUUAGAAGCUGGGUUAAUUUUCAACGAUGUGAAUGAAGAUUUUUGUCAAAUAGAAAAUAUUUUGUCAAAAUUUGAAAUAUGGCGUCAGACUGAUAUUGAAUCUUAUAAAGAUUCAUUUGUUAGCUUAUGUCUUCCGAAAAUUGUAGGUUCCAUAAUUCGCCUUAAAUUAACUUGUUGGAAUCCUUUAGAUGAAAAAAGCCAAGAAAUUGAUAAAACAGAUUGGUAUAUAACUUGCAUGCAAUUUGCUGCAACUAAAAAUGAAAGUUUGGAAAGCUUGAAAAAUGAUCCAGAUGUUAAAUUUGUUCCAACACUCGUAGAAAAAAUUGUUAUUCCAAAGUUAACUGAGCUCGUUGCACAUUGUUGGGAUCCAUUGUCAACUACACAAACCUUAAGAUUAAUAGGGCAAAUAAGAAAAUUAGGUCGCGAAUACCCGUUACAGGAACAAUCAAAGUUUUUGAAAACAUUGUUCAUAACUAUUUUAGACAAGCUGAAGGAUUGUUUAGAAAAUGAUGUUUUCAUUCCAAUUUUUCCAAAACAAAUGCAAGAAGCCAAAACAUCAUUUUUUCAAAGACAAUUCUGCAGUGGAUUAAAAUUAUUCAGAAAUAUUUUAAGUUGGCAAGGUAUCAUAGCAGACUACCAAAUUCGGGAAUUAGCAAUAACGUUCUUGCUGAACAGAUAUUUAUUAUCAGCAAUGAGGUUUUGCAAUAAUAAUGAUUCUGUAUCGAAAGCAUUAGUAAUCGUUAACACUUUACCGACAGCAUGGUUGCAACCUGAUUCAGAAACCAUUAGGAAUUUAAACUUAUUAAUUGCGUUUAUAAAUUCAAUCUACGAACAACUUGAUAAAAAAAAUCCUUUACAUUUGCAAACAUACGAAAAGACAAAGCAGAUCUUGCAAAAACUACACAGUUAUUAGAUUUAGAUGUUUAAUUACCGAAUUUGUAAAUAGUAUAUGCCCUUAAUUAAGUUACAUUAGUUGAAUAAUUUCUGAAAAAUUUUAAUAAAAUCAAUAAAUUACUAAAUCGUUUCUAUUCUGAGAUCAUA